AUGCGCCUCCCUCUCCGGGUUACGACGCCCACCAAGCUUUGCAACAACAACAACAGCAGCAGCAACAGCAGCAGCAGCAUUCACAGUACAUGGGCAUGUCCGACACCCCGAUGGUUGGGACUGAUUACGUACCACAUGCGAAUGGCAGUCUCCAGACUAUGCCCGCUGCUUAUGGCGCCAAUGGCAUGCAUAGUCCCGCACCCACGGAUAUUUGCGGUACCGCAAGUCCGGGCUCGAAUAUGGAACAGCGGGCUAAUAGCUACGCAUACAACUCUUCUCCAUAUGCAUACUAAAUCACGAGGGUAG